AUGCCGCCGCCAUCGCUGUCCACUAACGUAGUUCCGGACAAUUCAUUCACACUUGGCAGCCGGAUGGAUACGAAUCUGUCGAUGCUCUCCGACAUGUCUUUCUCUGACGUGCCUUCUGGGUUUUGGGACAUCCGCUUCCAAGGUAGCUGUCCAGUAUGCCACCACUGGCACUACAAGAUGAAGUUGAAGCUUUCACGUCAUCCCGGGGUCUACAACGGAAUACGAUGCGAGAACUGCGGUCACAAAUGGUUCGGUCUCGGCGGAAACUCUACGCACGCGUCCCUGUCUGCUGUGGGCACUGUUUAUGACCAAGGGAACCAGCCAGCACUGUCUCCACCUUUAGCAGUAGCCCUUGAGAGUAUAUCCGAGAACCAACUAGAACCAGACAACAACAGCGCGUACCAGAAACCCGUCGCAGAUGCCGACUGGCGAAAUUCAGGCCGCGAGACUGACGACUUGGAGCGGCUGAAGGACCUUCGACACAAAAAGACACUAACAGCUCAGCAAAACUCAUGCUCAUGUGCACCAAACUGCACCUGCAAGCGGCCCUCUAGCUCCAUGGCCCCGAACGCAUCGGUCAUCGACGAGCGGCCGUCCCUAUACCCCCUCGACCUCGCCGUGUCAUCCUCGCACGACCUUAACAACAACUGCUCGCAAAGACACUCCCUCGACCUCGUCGGCAUCGGAAGCGCCUUUCCUGCCGACAGCAUCGCCGGCGAACCGCGCCUCUCCGUCCUGACGUUCAGCAGCAGCGGCUCGGCGCCCAGUCACAGCCGUGUCGGCAGCUAUGGCCGCAAUGCCUUGCGCCAGGACAACAACGCGUUCGUUCCAUCAACCAGCAUGACAGCGCACGAACAACACUUCCCUGCGAUGGCGUCUUCGUCUUACGCGCCCAGCACAGACGGCGACGGCUCACCCCGCCGAAACAGCUUCCUGCCCGGCCGCGACUCGCUGCAUCUGCGGCCGCGCACCGAGUCAUCGUCGGUUCCGCGCGUGCCGUCGCCGCUGGCGUCGCCCAUGUAUCCGCCUAGCGAGGGCGAGGGGGAACUUGAUAGGCGGCGGUCAGACUACACGGUUUCGUCUCUCGAUACGGCAGAGUUGCGGAGACUUUCUGAUCGGGGAGGGGCAGAUGGCGGCAUGUCGAUUUCGCCGAUUCAAGAGUCGGUUUCUAGGGUGUCUUCGCUUGAAGGCUAUCGUGGGGAUGAGGGGAUGAGGGUUUCGCCGUCGCCGUUGCUGGAGAGGGAGAGUGGCGAGGUGGGCACUGGGCGGAGAGAGAUGGGGCCGUUGGACUCGCAUCCUGUUGUGUGA